UACAUUCAGAUUAAAUGAAUUCCCAUAAGUAUAUUUGUGUUAUUUUUGUAGCUAACUUGGAAGUUUCGAUAUGCUGAUAAACUGUGAAAAUGAAAGACUGCUGAAGGAAAACCAGCUUCAAUGACUAGAACCAAAUUCAGACAGAAUCUGCAGUAAUCGAGUACAUCCAUCUUUAGUGGUGGGAUCUCUCUAAAUGGCUCACACAGAGAGGGGAGAUGCUCCUGGGCUGCCUGAUUUCUCUCUGCUCAAAAGACUGGCCAGAGACCAGCUCAUCUUCCUGCUGGAGCAGUUGCCAGGGAAGAAGGAUUUAUUUAUUGAUGCAGAUUUGAUGAGCCCUCUUGAUCGAAUAGCAAAUGUCACAAUCCUGAAGCAACAUGAAGUCGACAAACUGUACAAAGUUGAGCUCAAGCCAAUUGCCAGCAGUUCAGACCAGCUGUGCUUCCUGAUACGUCCCAGAAUACAAACUGUGAAGUGGAUUUCAGAUUUGGUUAAUUCAGACAAAGUGGCUGGAAGAUUCAGAAGAUAUAAGAUCAUAUUUACCCCCCAAAAGUUUUAUGCAUGCGAGACGGUUUUGGAAGAGCAGGGAGUCUAUGGAGAUGUUACAAUCGAUGAGUGGAAUUUCUACAUUCUUCCUCUGGAUGAUGACAUCCUGAGUUUAGAGCUGCCUGAAUUCUUCAGAGACAACUUUCUGGAGGGAGACCAGCGCUGGGUGACCACUGCAGGAAGUGCACUACAUCUUUUACAGUCUGUCUAUGGUUCUUUCUCCAAAGUGUAUGGGAUCGGUAGAUGUGCCAAGAUGGUGUAUGAAUCCUGGAGGGAGCUAAUGGAGGAGGGGGAACAGAGAACAAGACAACCUGAAUUUGCAAAAGUAUUUCUUAUUGACCGAGAUGUGGACUUUGUUACUCCACUCUGCUCUCAAGUUGUUUACGAGGGAUUGGUAGAUGAUAUUUUCAAAAUAAAAUGUGGCAGUGUGGAGUUUGGACCUGAUGUCACUUCCUCUGACAAGAGCAUCAAAGUGAUGCUUAACUCUCAAGAUAAAGUGUUCAAUGAAAUAAGGAACGAGCAUUUCUCCAAUGUGUUUGGCUUUUUAAGUCAGAAGGCCAAAAAUCUUCAAACAGCUUAUGAUAAACGGCGUGGGAUGGACAUCCAGCAGAUGAAGGCAUUUGUUGCAGAUGAACUGAAAGGACUGAAACAGGAACAUCGUCUUCUCAGUCUUCAUAUCGGUGCAAGUGAAUCCAUGAUGAAGAAGAAAACCAAGCAAGAUUUCCAGGACUUGUUGAAGACUGAACAUUCAUUACUUGAAGGCUUUGAAAUCCGUGAAUGUAUCACCCACAUUGAAGAACAUAUCAACAGACAGGUGUCAAUGAUUGACAGUCUUAGACUCCUUUGCCUGUUGUCCAUCACAGAAAAUGGUUUUUUGUCCAAGGACUAUAAAUCUCUUAAAGCUCAGUACCUUCAGAGUUAUGGUAUAGAGCACCUGCUGACGUUUGCAAACCUGAGGCAGCUGGGUUUGCUGGAAGAACAGCAAGCAGGAGAAACACUGACAGUCAUGGAGAGUAAAGUUGGGAAACUUGUCACUGAUAAGACUGUAGGGAAGCUGACGGAUGCCUUUUCCUCACUGGCUAAGAAAAGCAAUUUUCGAGCUCUGAGCAAAAGACUAGCUCUGGUACCAAAGUCUGGUGAGGAAUAUGAUCUUCGCGUUCCGCGAGACAUGGCAUAUGUUUUCAGUGGUGCUUAUAUUCCUCUGAGCUGCAAACUGAUCGAACAGGUUUUGGAGAGAGAUGGUUGGACAGGUCUGGAGGAGGUUACACGCAUGCUGAAUGGACAGGAAUUUGCUGUAACAGGUGGCAGUAGUAGUUCAGAUGCCAGGAACAAAACUGAUGCUCAAAGGAUUGUUCUGGUGAUGUUUCUUGGUGGCUGCACCUUCUCAGAGAUCUCUGCACUCCGGUUCCUUGGCAAGGAAAGAGGUUGCAGAUUCAUAGUGGUCACUACAGCCAUCACAAACAGUGCACGGCUUCUGGAAGCAUUACUGGAUAACAGUGCUUGAGUCUGAGAAAACUUUCCACAAGAGGACACUUAAUGAUCAGUUCCAGGAGAGGGCGAAAAGGACAGAAUAUGCCCUAAUUAUCCCGGGCAUUAAAAUCAUCCCAAAACGAAUGUACUUUUAGAGGGGAUAGUAGAUCUUAAAGGGAUAGUUUAACCAAAUAGGAAAAUUCUGCCAUUUUUUUUACCAAAUCCUUAUGUGUUUUCAAACCUGUAUGACUUUCUUUAUUUUGCAGAACAUAAAAA